CAUCUCACUGUACUAACCUUUCCAGGUUAGGAGACAGUUUCUAGCAAGGAACUGAAGGUCAGUUAGCGCACCCUCAUCAAAAAGCUUCCUUGCUGCUGUUGUGGGUGUUCUGAUAUCUCCAUUUUUGCACUUCAUUCAAGACUGUGACCCCAGACUUAUCUUACUAGGAAGAGAAUAUCAGUACAUCUGAAUGAAGAUUGUCACAGACUCUGUUCCAUCAUGACUUCAUUCCCAAAUGCUGAAAGUCCUGAGUCUACUGCUGUGGAACAAAUGUCUUCUGAGAGGGAGAAGAAUCUGUAUUUUUAUCAUCUUGAGGGACCUCCCACUUCUCAGACUAUUGUCAAAGUCCAGGAAGUCCAUCAGAAAGACAUACAUCCCUCAUUAGUGCUAGAGAAAUCUGAGGACAUGUUGGCACUAGCGAAGUCUGAGUUGAAGCCUGCUACCCUCUCCCCCAGUCAAGCUAUCAUCUCAACCUUGGUUCGGGAUACUCUGGACAUACAGGAGAAACUGGGGGCACUUUUAGAGACUUCAAAAGUCAUCAAAGCUGAGGUCUCCCAAAUGCGUUGUGGCAUUGGUGAGAUCAAAAAGAAGAUGGAGAGGGGGGAUAAGUGCUCUUCCUUUCAAACACCAAAGGCAGAGCAGCCCAUGACAUGGGACAACCCUGACAUAGCCAAUGCAAUAGGAGAACAGCUGAAACAACUUCCAGUCAGAAAUCCAAGGACACUUGCUGCUUUUCCAGGGAAGAUAAAAGAUAAGGUCCCUGAAGCCCCUGAGCCCAUCUCGGAGGGGAAGGAGGAGAUGAAAGAGAUGGACCCACAAAUAUCACAGGCCAUCUGCCCAUCACAGCAAGAGAGGCAGAGAACUCAUUUGGGCCAUGAAAAAUGCCUCAGUGUCUCUCCUCUAACUGACAUCCUGCUCUCUGCUAUAAGUGGUCUGAGCAAUCUCAGCCCAACCAAUCAAGCUGAAGCUAAGAUGAUCAAAAUUCUGGAAAAACACAAAGCCAGUUUGAAGGAGCAGGUGCCAGAAAUAGUGGAUGGCAUCUGCUUAAAGCUCAGCUCCUUCCCAAACGGCAACCGGAGGAUGGAAGCGUUACAUCUGGUGGCAUCACUUGCGGAGGAGUAUGCAGAGGAGGUGGUCUCAAGCCUCCUGCAACAUUCACUUCCUUGCAACAAAAAUAUUUCAGAGGCAUGGCAAAGUCUCUGCACAAGCCCGGAAACCUGCACGAAGAUCUUGGAGCAUUUGCUGAAGGUUCUGGAACAGAGGCCAGGGCUCCAAGAGAACAGCACAAACAACAGCAACAGCAACAGCAGCUGCUCCAAUGAUAUGGACUGGAUGGCACCUUUGGCUGCAAUAAGAGCCCUGGAUGACAUGUUUGUGACUGAGGAGUUCAGUCUAGCUCUGAGGCCUUUGUACCCCCAGAUAUUUCUGGCUCUUUUAAUGCAGAUUCACUUCCUAGUGAGACUUUCAGGAUACCUGGAGAGUAACGGCAAGAAUGCCAGCCAGAUGAACAUGGAUACGCUUGCUGGCCACAUGAGCUGUGCAGUGAAAACUCUGAGGAUUCUUAUUCAGCAAGAUGGAAAUGUAUCAGAACCAGUUUGGACUAAGGAAAUGGAGAUCUGGGGUCGCCUCAGAACCAAGGAAGAUUAUUUAGAAGGUGUCCUGCUCUUGGCUAGUGCAAUGGUGAAACAUGGACACCCUGUGAUUUCAUUGCUUGCUGAAAUUAUCCCCAAACUUCAAAGUGAAGAUGAGGAGAGGAAUUUGACCAUCAAGGCUCUCUUUGCAGGGUUCCUUUGUAGCCAGUCUGUGUCCGACCUGCUCCCCUAUGAAAAGAUCCUGUCCAUCCUAGAAGAAUGGCAGACAGACCCAAGGCCCACUGUCCGCUGGCUCAGCUUGUAUGGAAUUGGGAACUUAGCACUUCAUGACCAGCAGGUGGAACAGCUGGAGACCAUGGUCUCUGUCAUCCAGAACAGUUUGAAAGAUCCUGAGGAGAGGCCAGUUUUAGAAGCUCUGAAAGCUCUUGGAAAUAUCCUCCGCCACCACCAGUUUUCUGUGCGUGUGGGCCUUGUAGAGAAGCUCCAGCCACUUCUGGUGGAUGAACGGGACAAGGUCCGCGCUUCCACCAUUGACAUUUUUGGAAUCCUAAUCCUCAACCAUGAAGAGAAAUGUAUGAUGCAGGAUCAGGUGCUUAACAUCUUGGUUCCAUUGCUCCUACAGCUGCAAGAUGAGAACCAGGAUGUUGCCAAGAAUUGCAGGUGGACUUUAUCCUGUUGCAGAGAUUUGCUUCAAUGGAAACUCCUGGAAGAGUUCAACAUGCUGGCUCAUCAUGACAUCCAGGCAGCCCUAAGAAAAUUCUGCAAACAGCUUGUGCACUUGUACCCUGGGACAAUACAGGCUGUCCUGUCUCAGACUGUGGACUUUAUGAAGUGUCCCAAGGCCCCUGUGCAGAGGGCAGCCAUCAUGUUAGCAGGGUUCCUUGUAUUUUAUAUGGAAGCCAAAGAUGUGAGACAUGAAGACAUGGCUUCUGUGCUUAGUGGUUUGGGUAGUUUGCUGGAUAAUCCGGAGCCUUCCAUCUCCAGUGCAGCUGCCAUCUCUAUCAAGAAAGUAAAGCAGGCCUGCACUGAUGCAGCCACCAAUCCUAUUGUGCGAGUUCUGAAAAGAAUGUUUUUCUGCUUCCCCCAUUUCAAAAGGAGGGAGCCUAUAUUUGGAGACAACCCCUUCCAAAGAAAGCCACCAAAGUGCAUCAGAUUGAACUUCUAAUUUAUUUCCUCAUAGUUUUUCAGCAGACCAAAUACACUUGCCAAACAACUGGUGAAAAAACACUAGGUAUACCAUCACAAAUCCUUUUGAAAAUUUGACACGAUUCAUGAAGAUGUACAUAUUGAAUGUCUUCACAGACACAUCAUUUGUGAACACGAUGUAGAGGUUGAACAGGAAGGCAAACUGUGGUGCCUGGAUACUAAUUUUUAAGCAAACUAAUAUAGGAUUUUCUACAGUGCAGAAAGCCUAUACUGGAUGGAACUAAGGCCACCACAUUAACUUUGAAUUUCCAUAUGUUUUAGACUACAAGUAAAAAUGUAAAACACCUUAACUUUUAUCUUAAACUGAAGGGUGUUAGAUAUUUACUGUAGAUGUCCCUGAGUUGUGAAAAAGUAUUAGGUGUUAAAGUAUUAAAUAUUCUCCAUGCAUGAGAUUUACCAUAGUUCUUGGUGGGAAUUGUGUAUGGAGUGCUUUAUGCAGUCCACAUCUUGUCACAUGCAUUGUUUUAAAUGCCACAGAAAGCAGGUCUUGGAGGAAGGAAAAUGAGCCCCUGGGACUCUGAUGGAGACAGCAGGUAAGGAUGAGGAUGGGGAAGAAGGUGCACAAGGGGGCAUUUGGGAGGAUGAGUUCUACUCAUAAAUAAAGCAUCUACCAAGGCAUACAUUUACCUUCAUGAAUCACUGUCAGAUUUAUAAUAGGAUUUGUAAAAGUGUCUCUUCAUAGACAUGAAUGUCUAAUCAUAACCUCGAUAUUUAGACAUAUUUGUUUUGUGGUUUUUACAUGAUUCUCACAUGAAGAGAAUUUCAUAUUAUUUUAAUAAGUGGCCUUAUCCUUCUUAAAACUAUAUUUAUAAAACUAUAUUUAGAGCAGCUGUUAAUUUCUCUGUAUCAAAUAUACACCUUUAGUCUACAAACAAUAAAUGUAUAGUUAGAACACUUGAUAGGCUGGCAAAGAACUAUUAUGUUGUUUUCAUAUAUAGAUAGAUAUAUAUAUAUAUGUAUAUAUAUAUAUAGAGAGAGAGAGAGAGAGAGUAGUUGUGUGUAUUUAUAUGCUUAAUAAAUACUAAUAAAACUUUAAUAAUUUACAGUUA